AUGGGAGUUUUAGGAUUGUGGAAGCUGAUUGAGCAAUCCGGUAAACCGGUUCCAUUGGAAACGCUCGAGAACAAAGUGCUGGCCGUGGAUGUGUCGAUAUGGUUGCAUCAGGUGAUAAAAGGAUUCCAGGACUCGAAGGGCAGCGCUUUGCCGAAUGCGCACGUUUUGGGCUUAUUCCAUCGGUUGUGCAAACUGAUGUACUAUCGCAUUAGGCCGAUAUUCGUGUUCGACGGUGGCGUUCCGGUGUUGAAGAAACAAACGAUUGCAAAGCGUAAUCAGAGCCGAAAUAACUACCAGAAUGAAGCGGAUCGUAUACAGCAGUUGCUGCUGGAAACGCUCGCCAAAGAGAAGGUUGUUCAGCAGGCGCUCGGAUCGGCCACGAACAUCCUUAUCACACCGGGCAAAAAAUCCGUACCAGCAAGUGGUGGUAGCGCCAGUAAACAACAGCCAAUCGAGGAGCGGGAUGAAAUGUUUAAACUGCCCCCCAUGAAGGCACCCGAAGAGCCAAUCGAUCUGAACAAAAGCGACAGUUCGAUGGACGAAAAAUCGUCACGCAACUAUUACCACCUGAAUCUGAACGCUAUCGACGUGACGAGUGUGUACUUUAAGAAUCUUCCGGCCGACGUGAGGCACGAAAUUCUGAACGAUAUUAAGGAAACGCGCAAACAGUCGUCCUGGGGCCGUCUGCACGAACUGCCCGUCCAGAGCGAUUCCUUUUCAUCGUUUCAGAUGAAGCGGCUUCUCAAGCGCCGCCAGGUGCAGGUAGAGCUGGAAGAGGCCGAAAAGGAAAUGGGUGGAAAGUGUCUGUCGCUGGCCGAGCUGGAAUCGCUACUCAACGAGGAAGGUGUCGAAACAUCGUCCAGUCGAGCCGCCCAACAGAUUGCAUCGGAUGAAAACACACGAUUUCUGCUCGUCCGUGACGUACAGAAAGCGAUCGAGAAAGCGAAGGCACGCGAGGAAGAAGAAAAGCUAGCGCCAAAGGUACCCAAACUUCCGAAACUGGUGCGCCAGACAAGCGGUUCGAUGGACGAUGACAAAGAAAUGGAUGAAGAGCUACAGAUGGCGAUAAAAAUGUCUCUCAUGGAAGGCGAAACCCCGAACGCGGUGAUCGAACUGGAUGAAGACGAUGUCCGGAUGUCGCGGCAGCAGAAGCAAGUAUUGGGAACUGCUGCUCGAACCUUAGCCCGUGGCUUUAUGCUGGAGUACGGAGGGCUUACGAAUGAGGAGUUUAAUGAGUUGUUGCACCAAACGCAGGAUGUCGAUUGUGGAGACGUAAACGAUUCGAUGGCACAAAUGUUCAUCCUUAAUGGUGCCUCGAUCUUGGAGCCAACAAACGACCGGGUCAAUGAGCAUCCAAAGGUACCAGAGCCUGAAGAAGAAAGCCCAAUCGAGGUGAAAAAUAGUAGCGAGUCGGAAACUGAAUCCGAUUCUGAUUUCAUCGAUGUUCCGACGGACAACUUGAGUGAUUCAGUGUCCGGGUCCGGCGUGUCGCUGCCCCUCAACCAAAGCAACCAUCUCAAGCCGCACUACAAUCCGAUUGUGGACUUUACGAUCGACGAUCUUAAGCAACUCGGUGGAAAGCAAAACAAGAAUCUGAAGAAAGGCGUAGAAAUUUUCAUCAAACAGGAGGAGAUGGGAGUUUGCGAUCAGGAUGACAUUUUUGCGGAUGUUUUCAAGAAGGGCAACAUCGACGAUGAACAGAGUAAAGCAGAGACACCACUUGCGAUGUGCAGUAUACCGGUGGAAGCAAUGAAAAACAGCAUAGGCGAGCGCGGAACCUCCAAAGAAAAUGCACCGUCCGCUGAGGCUGCUGUACUGCAACCGGUUGUAGGUUUAAAGAUUAAAAAGGUUGAUGAUAUCAAUGCACAGCUGAAAGAGCAACUUGAGCAGCUCCGAAAAGGCCUCCCGAACAUGGAGCUCGAUGGCAUCGGCGCUCUCGGGCAACCUGCUUUGGAAGGUAUUUUGCCAUUGGGAAAGAUAGUGAAGCCCGUGGAGGACUUGAAGAGCAUAAAUGACACACUCAAAAAACAACUGGAGGACUUGAAGACGAGUUCCAUCGCAUUAGAUUUGAAUGACAUAAGUGCGAAUGAUGUGGAGCAAGAAAAGGCCGCAGCUGAAGAGGAGGUUGAUAGUGAUGCCACAAUCAUCAACGAUGCUGAAUCCUUGUGCACUUCGUUGAUAUCUCCCUUGAAGCUAAGCAUUUCUGAGUCGAUAGUAAAGCAGCCGGACAUCGCGAACGAGUCGCAGAAUGAUGUUGGCAUCGUUGAGCAGACGGCGCCAGUGAUCGAAAUUCUCGGUAGCCCCUCGAGGAAGGGUACACUGGAACACCUGGUCGUUGCCCGCACACCGGGAAAAGACUCCAAAAAGCAAGACCAACCAGAAGAACGGUUACCGUACGUACCGAAACCUUUCUUUGUCAACAAAACACCUCCCUCGGCUUCGCCAUCGCCAUCGAAGAGCGGGAACGCGCCCAAGCAUGCUUCACCCAGUGUUGUGAAGCAACUGUUUCCGAAGAUUGUGGAACCGGAGCCACAGCCAUCGACUAGCAAGCAGUCAGCACCCGCACAACCACCGGUUAGUGCCGAUACGCUAAUUUCUGAGAUGGCUACCACCCUUAAAGAUACCAGAACUCCAGGCGAACUCAAGCAGAUGGCGCUCGAUUUGGCCCAGAACGAGCGUGAGCUCGAACGGGAAAAGAACAAACAGAAUCGGCUUGGAGUUUCAAUUACCGAUCAAAUGCGCAACGAUUGCAUGGAGCUAUUGCAACUCUUCGGUGUACCGUACAUCGUGGCACCGAUGGAAGCCGAGGCACAGUGUGCAUUUCUGAACCAGAUCGAACAGACCGACGGCACAAUCACGGACGAUAGCGACAUCUGGCUGUUUGGUGGUCAGCGGGUGUAUAAGAACUUUUUCAACCAGCAAAAGCUGGUGCUUGAGUUUACCAUCGACGGUAUCGAGCAAACGUUCCAGAUGGACCGUAAGAAGCUAAUUCAGCUAGCGUUGCUAGUGGGAAGCGACUACACGACAGGUAUACACGGUAUCGGGGCCGUAACUGCGCUCGAGAUACUGGCUUCGUUCCCAGCGACUCCGGAACAGGCGGGGGAAACAUCGGAAAUGAUGUCGCUGCUGUCGGGAUUGCGAAAGUUCCGGGACUGGUGGCAACACAGUCGUGCCGGAACCGCCACAAGUGGGACGCGCAUUGCACUAAAAUCGAAGCUUAAGAACAUCGACAUCGGAGAGAGUUUCCCCAGUUCGGGUGUUGUCGAAGCGUACCUGCAGCCAACGGUGGAUUGUAGUGAUGAAGAGUUUACCUGGGGCUAUCCGGAUGCGGACCGAUUACGGGAUUACGCCCGACAAAAGUUUGGCUGGACGCGUUCGAAGACGGACGACAUAUUGAUACCGGUGUUGAAGCGACUCGAUGAGCGAAAAUCGCAAACAUCCAUUAAGAACUACUUCAAGGUCCAAAGCGCUGUAGCUCAAAACCGGUUAAAGGUUAGUAAACGCGUGCAGCAUGCGGUUGAUACGAUGGCAGGUAAGAUUGAAACCAAAGCCGACGAAGCCGGGUCGGCUAAAAAGAAAAGCCCUGGGAAGAAAGGAGGUCGUAAAAAAAAGCCUGCGGCUGGAGAGGCGGUAGAAUCGAUUACAAGGGUCGAUUUGGAGUCGAAUGAUGGGAAUAUUGGAAAGGAAGCACCCAACGCGCCCCCCAUUGAUGGUGGACAUGAUUCUGCUGAAAAAACUACCAAAAGAUCGGCUGCACGCAAAAAAGUUGCUAACAGUGGUGCAUUGGGAGCUUCGGAUAAACCGAAACGUGGGCGCAAGAAGGCCACAACGGUAGAUGCACCUGAAGGCGAUACGAAUCAGGCCACGCAAUCUUCGCCCGCCAACCCAGCUCAAUCGGGUCACUCGUUAGCGAACAUAGGGGGGAUCAUUGCAAAUAUCAAUCAACAGUCGGCAGGAAGUUUGGCGACGGACAAGGAGAGUGCCGUUGGACGGAAGAAACGAGCGGCCAAUAAAAUCCCCGACUUCAAUCCAGUCAUUCCGCAGCGUGUGAAAGAUCAGGAGGAGAUGGCCAACCGGAAGCAGAAGGCAGCGGAACUGUUCAAGAAGCUUCGAGCGGAGGGAACGAUAAAGAGUAAGAAAGCAAGAGACCAAUGAAUAAGAGUAAAGAAAAACGCCGUUUUGUCAAAUCUGAAUUUAAAUUGAAA